AUUUAAUUUUACAAAAUUGUACGGCGAAUCAUUGAUCAGCAUAUGUUCAAUAAACUAAUCAUGAAACUUUACUAGCAAUUCAAUGUGGUGAAUCAUUUGUUUCAAAUGUUUUAGCUAUCAAAAAAUUUGUUUUUUUCUAUGGGAACCCAACCCCAAUUUCUGUCUGAAAAAGGUCAUUGACAAACAGACUGAUUUCUGGUAAUGGUGUAAUAGUGAAAACUAGAAGUGAAAACCUUUUGGAAUUGCUGAUAUCUUAUUAGAUUUUUCUUUUGAUUGCUAGUUUCUGAGAUUCUGCCGAAGAUGAGUUUUCUUUUCGGAAGCCGUUCUUCUAAAACUUUCAAACCUAAGAAAAAUAUUCCCGAAGGCACUCAUCAAUAUGAGUUGAUGAAACAUGCUGCUGCUACUUUGGGAUCAGGAAAUUUGAGAUUAGCUGUUAUGUUACCAGAAGGAGAGGAUCUGAAUGAAUGGGUGGCUGUGAACACUGUGGAUUUCUUCAAUCAAAUUAACAUGUUAUAUGGGACUAUAACUGAAUUUUGUUCAGAAGACAGUUGCCCAAUUAUGUCUGCUGGUCCAAAAUAUGAAUAUCAUUGGGCUGAUGGUCACACUGUUAAGAAACCUAUAAAAUGUUCUGCUCCAAAAUAUAUUGAUUACUUGAUGACUUGGGUCCAAGAUCAAUUAGAUGAUGAAACACUGUUUCCUUCGAAAAUAGGUGUACCCUUUCCAAAGAAUUUUCUAGCCAUCGCUAAAACAAUUCUCAAGAGGUUGUUCAGAGUAUAUGCACAUAUAUACCAUCAACACUUUAGGGAAGUUGUUCAGCUUGGGGAAGAGGCUCAUUUGAAUACAUCUUUCAAGCAUUUCAUAUUCUUUGUUCAGGAAUUUGGCCUUAUAGAUAGACGUGAGUUGGCUCCUCUUCAAGAACUUAUUGACAAGCUUACCGCUAAAGAAACUCGAUGAAUAAGAAAAGUCAACAGUAUGCCUUGACUUCUCGCCCAGCAUUUAUUAAGCCUAAAACGAUACAUAAGCCUUAACCUAUUGACGAACUGUAAAACGGAAUCGUUGAAUUUCUUUAAAACAAGUGAGAUUCGUUAAUGCUCUUGCACUUUGAAGAUACAUGUAGAUUUCCACAAGGACUGAAUUUUUAGACGAUUGACAAAUAAAAAGCUUCAUAUUUCAAUCAAGUAGAACAUAUCAGAUCUGAUAGAAUAGGAAAUGAUCAAUUAUGGUAUUUUAUAGAUGGUUGUUCUUGCUUUUUUCAUAUUUUUAUAAGCACUAAGCCGAUGUAAUAAGAGGUAAGUUCAGGGUAACAGUUUUUGAAAAGCAAAAUUCCUGGGGAAAGUACAUGGUUUGUUGAAUAAGGAAAGGUAUAUUGAUGUUGGGCUUCCAUGUAAUAGUAAGUAAUAUUAUUUUGGCACACCAUGUACACAUUUGAACUCGUAAAUUUAGCAAAUUCACAUGUUCCUGCCACUGCAAAGUUGUAAACGUUUGGAAGCAAUUGGAAAUGUUCCUACUUAUUCACAAAACAGAAAUCUGCAUGGAUCUCUCGAAUUAAACAAUUAUUGUUGAUCUAUUUAUAUGGAAUUUUUUCUAACAUCUUAUUUAUUUCAAUUAAAUGUGUUCUAUAAUUCAAUUUCUCAAGUAGCAUUUUUCAAGUAUGCAGGGUUCCUUUAAAAUCAUUGUAUACAGUUGUUUGGAAAUAUUUAUAUCACUUAAGUGUUUAUUAGGAUUAUAGAAUUCUUUAAGUUUAUAUAAUAAUCAAUGGAUUACUUGAGUUACGCUUGCUUUUUUAUAUUAUUUAUGGAGAAAUGAUAAACAUAUUUUUACAUCUCGAUAUUCAUAUUGUAAUAUCUUUUUUUAUCUUUAGGAAUAUUUUUUGAUGAAUAGUGAUCGUGCUGUUAUGUGGAUCCAGUGAGGAUUAUUUUGAUAAGCACUGUGCAAUUUGUAAAUAGUAAUAUAUUUCGUAAAAUACAUUUUAAAUUGGAAAGAG